AUGGCACAUUCUACAUUUCACAGCGAAGUAAAUCCUCGAUUAACUGAAAACACGUGCGAUGAACCAGAAGCUAGUAUUAUGCCACUCGAAGAUUAUCAAUUGGUCGACCUUGUCUCGCUCGAAAAAGCUAGUGAACCGAUCAAAUCCCAUUUUCGCAACUUCCCCCGCGAUGUCUGGAUCGCUAAAAAUGCAUCGAAGAAGCCAGCUGACGGUCUUACCGUUGACGAAUCAGCCGCCAUUCAUUUGUAUACAAUGGAAAUCAAAGAUCAACCUCUCUAUUCGCUUCUGAAUAAAUUACUGCGUGAUCGUGAUAGACGGAAACUCAAAGAAUGGUUUUCAUAUCUUAAACUCUUUCUAACUGCUCUCUACAAACUACCGCCAUGUUCAGCUAAAGUCAUAUGGCGUGGCGUAAAGACUGACGUUCAAGCAAAAUAUCAUACUGGAGAACAUUAUACAUGGUGGGCGUUCUCAUCGUGUACUUUGUCGUUGCAAGCACUGGAACAACCGAUGUACCUGGGUACCACUGGUGCAAGAACUCUGUUUUCAAUCGAAUGCUUCAAUGGAAAAGAUAUCAAAUCUCAUUCAUACUACAAAGAAGAAGAUGAGGUAUUGCUUUUACCUGGUUUUUAUUUCAAAGUAGUGGGCAAGGUACAAGCUGGUAAUGGUUUACAUAUUAUUCAACUGCGUGAGGUUACUCCACCGUUCGUUCUUCUCGAACCUCCAUUUGAUGUUCAUCGACCGAUCUGCACGUCUUCCGUCACAUCGGAUAUUAGUGAGAUUAUUAAUGAAAUCUAUAACAUGAACGAAAACAAUGAUACUAUGUAUAAGUUGUUCGUUGUUUUACCAGAUCCCCUAUUCAAAUGGGAUUGUGAAAAUGUAUUUUCGAAUCAGCUUGUAAUUCACUUUGUUUGCGAAUGUACUACACAAGAUUUACAUUUCGUUUGCGCUGUUCCUCACGCUGUGCCGAAUACUCGUGUGUUCUUUCAAAUCUAUGGACACUAUAUGAAACAAUUUAUGCUUCCACUAGGACAACAUUUGUCCAAUCGCCAAACUACUGACAGAUACCAUGAUGCUCAAUUUUGGAACGAUUUUAGAAGUAAUCUAGAUAAAGUUAAACAAAUAUUAGAUAUUUUUGCAAACGAACCAAGUAACAUGCUAAAAGCAUCCGAUACAUGUGAUCUAGAACUAUUGCUUGUGCCAUAUGAUGUAUGGGUGUAUCCAUUAUGCCGUUCAAUUACUACGGAAAUGACCGUUCGAUGGGUGUGUAUCACUCAUUAUCCGGUUGAUCAACUCGCGUUAAUUCAUGAAUUAGACAAUAUACCGGAAGUACAGAUGAAUAUAUUUAAAAGUUUUUUGGAAUUCGUUGGUGAGAUGGAUUCUACCAAAAUGGCACGUGUUGCUAACAUAUUGGAUAGCGGACUACGUUUGCGUNUUUAUUACAACUGUGACAACAGCAUAUUUCUCUGA